AUGGCUGUGACGCUCGCUUCACUGGACAGUCUCCCGACUGAGAUACUGACCGAGAUUCUCUCCUACAUCAGCGACCUGAGGACGCUCUACCAUCUCAUCACGGCCUCCCCGGCAGCGGCCCGCGUCUUCAACAGUCCCACAAUCGGCCCCGAGAUCCUCGAGCUCGUCCUGACAAGCUCCACAGCACCGCAAGUAUUCGGCCUGGUCCGGCUCGUGGCCGUCGUUCGGACGUCGACCGCGGACAACCCACCCGCGGCGUCUCUCGACGCGUUCGUCAAGCGAGCCAAUCAUCAUACACAGGCGAGCGGCCGCGGGCGAUUCCACAGCACGGCGCCGCCUCUCACCCACACGUACCGCGGGCAGAAGCCCGGCGCCGUCCGGAGCAUCCUCCAAACCGCGCGCCGGAUCGCCUUCCUGACGCCCCCCUGCCUCGCGUACUACCGUGAACAAUGGCUCCGCGCGUCCCCCGCGCACUCGGACGACGACAUGCGCGGGUGGGUGUACAAGACCUGGCGGGGCCGCUACGCCGGCCGGCCCUACGAGCCCCAGGACGUCGGCCCGCCGGUCUGGAUCGAGGAGCAGCGGGCGGCGCGCGGGUUCUGGAGACUGCAGCUGCUCUACGAGCUGCGACGAGCCGCCUCGGAGAACCGCUUGGGGUGGGCGUCCCCUCGCUGCGUGUCCUGGGAGACCCUCUACGGGCCCCUGCGGUACGAGAAGGAGGAGUUCCUCACGGUGUCGGACUUCGUCGACCACAUCCGCGCCCCCGGGGGCGCGGGAACCCCGUGGAUCCUCCCGAACCCGUCCGCGACGUCGUGGCCGGACCCGGCGCCGCCGCUCGCCGUCGACGACGAGUCGGGCCGCACGCGCGGGUUCCUCAUGAGCCAGAACCCCGUCGGCUGGGUCUACGCGAACAUACGGCUCCGGCACUUCCCGCCGUCGCCCAUCCGCGGCGUGCCCCUGCACCCGUUCCGCCGGCUCGGCCUGUUCGUCUGGGAGUACGACAAGCUGGUCAGGAUGGAGCUGAUGUCGCCCACGGGGUACCCGUUCAGCGCCAAGGGCGAGCCGCACAAGAUGUACACGUGGCGGAGCCUGGUGGGCGAGGACGUCCUGGCCGAGGUCGAGGACAGCUUGGAGACGGGGAACCUGCGGCGCGAGAUGCACCGUCGGGGAUCUGUUCAGCCUUCAUGA